AUGCCAGCCGCUGGCAUUCAGCGGGGCUGCGGGCGGACGCACUGGCGGACUCUGACGCCAUUAAGGUAUACGAGGGAGGCGAGAUUUCUCGCCGAGACAAUCAAACCCCGCAAACCCUACCGUUGUUUUCGGUCUAUCCUCGCUUUUCAAAAGAGGAACACACACACUUCAUAGCGCAGCGAUGGUGUGGAGAGCCCACCCCUGGACGAAAUCACAACGUUAACUUGAAUCAUUCUCCGUCUUCAUCGAGAGCGACCAGGCAGACAGCGAGACCGAGGGGGGCGGCAAGAGAAGAAGAAGCGCAAGAAUCGCAAGAACAAGGUCAGCUCCAAAUCGCCCAUCAACGGCGCGGGUCCGCACCUGCCCCUGCCCAAGACGACACCUCGCGAGGUGUCGUCCCACCAAGGCCUACCGCCGCCCGGCGAAGAGGCCAAGCCGCCAGUGGACGUGCCGACGCCCAAGACGGCUGCUGCUGUUGAGGAGCAUGAUUGCAACGGGCUCUGCCAAACUGGGCCACGUCACAUCAUGUAAGUCGCCCAUCGGUGAGCCACGCACUUUGACACGGCCCGUUGCAUUCAUUUUGCAUCUGUUUUGUUUUGUCUUGUUUGGCAGAAGCCCGAGGCACAGUCAACAGCCGUUUCCAAGGCCUUAGACACAGAGAAAGCCUACAUGAGGAUAUGUGUCUCAUCAUGCAGCCUUCCUUUGGUUACCGAGAGAGCCUCCAAGCACCACAACCACCACUCCCGGAGCACCACAACACAGGCCGCCAGAGAGGGAGGGAGGGAGGGAGGGCGGGCUGCAGUGAAUGUUGUGUUGUGUUGUGUUGUCUUGUCUUGUCUUGUCUUGUCUUGUCUUGUGUGUAUCAUGCAGUUGAAGAGUGUGAUGGACAGGAACUUCGGUGCCAAGACUGUGACCAUCGUGGACUGCCGAUACGGGGCCGAGUUCAAUGGUGGGCUCACACACACACACGCACACACACACUCACGCACAAAAGAUGUGCCUGUGUGAGUGCUCGCUCAUCGAUGUGUGUCGGUCUGGUGGUGUGUAUGCAGGUGGGCACAUUCGGGGUGCGCUGCACGGCAAGUCGAUCGACGUGGUCAAGGAGGCGCUGUGGAAGCCCAACGGACAGCCCAAGUACACCAACGAGCACGUAAGCGACCGACCGACCGAUGGAUGGAUGGGAGAGACCAGUGUGUAUGUAUGUCCAUCGAUGCAUCUGUCUGCGCGUUUGUGUGUGUGUGUGUCGGCAACAGGUGAUAGUUUUCCACUGCGAGUACUCGAAGGCUCGAGGGCCUAGCCGAACAGUUCCUUCAUGCAUGGUCAGACACACACGUGUUCACGAUGACAUGUGUGCCAGUGACACACAGACACCCUCAUGAAUGUCUGUGUGUGUGUGUGUAGGGUUUCUCGUACUCGAAGGUAUUCAUCUUCGAUGGCGGAUACAACAAUUUCUACCGCCAGCACGCAAAGGUACGCAGACCUGUUUGUCACACACACAGACACCUACACACACACGUGGUGGUCUGUGUGUGUGUGUGUAUGUGUGUGUGUGCGCAGAGCAAGUACGUGGUCGGCAAGUACAAAUCGGAGGAUAGCCUGUCGCCCGCCGAGGUGAGCAAAUUGGCCAACUGCAUCCACUCACACCCAAGCAAAGGACUGAACCAGCAGCACUCGUUUCUCUCUCUGUGUGUGUGCGUGUGCAUCAGUAUGCGGCCGCUGGUGAGGAGCGCGAGCAGCGCAAGGCCAAGGCGGACAUGAUCAAGGCCUGGAUGGAUGGCGGGGGUGCUCAUGGCCAUGAGGGGUCGUCAGAUUCUCAGCUACCAAAGAGUAACAAGUUGACGAUUGCUCACCCCUAA